AUGUGGCUCAAGUUUGGUAUGAGCAAUGGAAGGAUGAGAGGCCGGUUAGAGAAGGUCGAAUUACUUUCGGGAGCUUUCAAGGCGACUUUCCUUGAUAGGUUUUUUCCCUUGGAAUUAAGGGAGAGGAAAAUGCAAGAAUUCAUCAACCUUCGUCAAGGGAGUAUGAGCGCGAAGAAGUAUAGCCUCAAGUUCACUCAACUAUCCAAGUCGGCUAUGUUGAUUCCUAGCAUGGACAUCUCUCGUCUUAUGGUUCAUGCCAAACAAAUUGAGGAGCAAAAGCUUAAACAAGUUGGUAGGGAGUUGAAGAAUGUAAGAACGGAAGAUGGGAAUUCUUCUAAGACUAAAUUUGAGGUGCAAGACAAACCAACGAUCAAAAGGAGGUUUUCCAACCAAAGACCUUCUAAUGCUCCAAGGUCAACAAAAAAAAGGUGUCUACUCCCAAGCCCCAGAAAGGUGGAAGAUCAUAUGUUGAGAAACCUCUUUGUGCAAAAUUUGAUAAAUAGAAAUGAGUGUAAGUGCCUCGUUGGCACUGGUAAUUACUAUGGUUGUGGAAAGAGUGGUUACAUGAAGAGAGAUUGCCCUAAGAUGAAGACACAAGGAAGGGGCUCAAGCACAAGCUAG